GGUGACUGGCCUUCAUCAUGGGCAUCCCUAGCGAGAGACUUGAUUAUACGAUCAGAGCGAUCCUGCCGAGGGUACGUGCGAUUAUCUACAUCGCUCUCUCGAUUGUUCUAUCCAUCAAGCUUAUUCGACACAUUCUACCGGACCCGCCUUAUGAGUGGCGUCCUGAACCGAGCCCGCUCUGCGCAACGGAGCUUUACACAGUUCGAAACGGAGAUACUUGCAAUAGCAUCUCCGUGAUGCAUAAGAUCCCCUCCCACGGCCUCUGGGAAGGAAACAAGAACACCAUCCCAUGGUGCAAUGUUAUCCAGCCGGGGAUGGUCUUGUGCCUUCCGCCCUCUUGCGAUGUAGUUCAUCAGCUGCAGCCAGGGGAUACCUGUGAAAGCAUUGAAAUAGACCAUGCGGAUGUAUUAAACGGCGCCACCUUUCUAAGCCUGAAUCCAUGGCUCCAGAAUUACCAGGACUGUGAGAAACUCCAUUUGAACCCAGAACUUGCUGGCACAGUAUACUGUUUAGGUAUCCAGGGAGGGUAUUUUGGGAGUCCGCAGAAUGCCUGGAAUCCUGUAUCACUGAAAAAUAUGAAAACCGGCGAGAGGGGAAGAUAUGGGCUCUCUCCUCGAGGCAACGCUUUCGGUCUGGAUCCUUGUGUUGCCCAUGCUUUAAAAAAGUCGGUUGCUGUUGCGAACGGUCCGCCUAACUUUGGAAGCGGCCCAAUGUUAAAAGGAACUAUCAGCCCGGCGAGUAAUAGAACCGAUUUUUGGCAUUCUCACUGA